ACUAAAUUGAAGUGAUUAAGUAGCUUUAAAUAAAAGGAUUCUUACAAUUGAUCAUAAAUCAAACUUACUUUUCUCAAAUAAACUACUUAUCUACUGCCGUAAAUAGAAAAAGUAUUAUUUGGUGGUAUCCAAACAGCCGUAGAGAUUGAGAUCAAAUGCUGGUAAAUUUACGUUUGAGGCAAGCCUGCUGUUUGGCUUUUGAACUUUUAUGGAUUUUCAAUACUAUAGUCAUGUGAUAAGUUUACCGAAAACCAACACUAUUAUCUAUCCAUCAAGCAUGGAUAGAGAAUGGACCACUUUUGUUCUGUCUCUUCUGUGCAUGCAGGCAGUUCUUAUAAGCUUCCCUGGAUAGUCCAUUCGGUGUGGUCGACUUUUAAUCUCUGCUAAAUUUUAAAAAAUUGCAUGAUCAGAUGGUCCUGAGACUCCUCACCCGUCCAAUCAGUUAACUUUAGCCCAUGUAAUGUGGACUGUUUCCCAUCCUAUGGCCAUUUUUUUUUUUUUCCAGUUCAACCAUCUGCUUGCAGCCGUCCAAAUAAGAUGGAAGAAUCGUCCAACUGGUUAAUAUGCUUGUAGCGUGGCCCAUUGAAGGUUUGACCCAGCAAACGGAUGUUCUGGAUCACCAUCUGCAUGUUCGUGAGUACAGGGAGAUGGAGAUUAUGGAAUUUUUGAAUGUUCUCUGUAUAUGGAAUGUCCUCGUAAGCAAUAUGUAAAACUGUUUAUUUUAUUUUGACAUCAUUAUGAAAUCUACUAUUGUCUUCUUCUACCAUUCUUCGAAAGAUCAUUCAACUUAUUGAGUGAUAUUGUUUUUCCCGAGUACAUAGUUUUGAUUGACAAGACAAGGGAGGGCAUAAACACACAGCUAGAUUCAUGUAGCCAACCCAAAUUAGUUGGGAUAAGGCUUUAGACAAUGAUGAUUGUUUUUCUCUAGUACCAUUAGUUUCUCAGCUAAUAGAGGUCCGAUCAGCAGAAGUUUUGGACUGUUUCCUGAUCUUUUAAGGAAGACAUGGUUACCAAUGCAAUAUUCUCUAUUUUCAUUUCCUUUCACUGAUUUUUGGCGGAUUCACAUAAUCUCAUUGAUCAUUACAAGAAGUCUAUUUCCUCAUACCAAUCCCUCAUGUGAUUUUUACCAGUUAUUAACCCAAUGAAGUGAACUUCAACUCGUCAUGUGAUGUUUGGCAGGAACAUAUAGUAGGCUUAUUGCGCGCUCUUAUAAAGCCAACCGAGUCUUUUAGAAAAAUUGUUCAAUGGAGCUGGUAGAAAGGACUGAAACAUCAUAUAGCAGGCCUCGCAAAAGGUCUAUUGUGGAAUCCUCGGAUGAACAUGGAGAGGAACUGUUCAAGCUCUGAAUUCUAUUGCCUAAUGGCACCAUCACAGACUUAACUUUACAUGGACCUGGGGAGAAGAUGUUUAUCGAUGAAUUUGUUGAUGCUGUGAGAAUGGAGUUUGGGAGAUCUGCAAAAAGAACACCCGAAAUUAAGCAGAAGAUAAUGUGGGAUGGAGACAUUUAUCUUGAAGAUCUAUCAGAAAAUAAGAUCAGAAAGAGAAUCCAUUUUAACCGCUUUAAAAGCAAUAAGCUGCACACACUCGGACUGUUUGAAGGAGCUGAAGAUACUGUUGAUACUUUUCAGAACAUGUGGGAUUUAACACCAGAUACCGAUUUGUUAUCGGAGCUUCCUGCAGAAUAUACAUUUGAAACAGCUCUUGCUGAUUUAAUAGAUAAUUCAUUGCAGGCAGUAUGGUCUAAUACUCUGGGUGAUAGGAGAUUGGUGAGGUCAAUAAACAGUCAGAACCACCUGAUGGAUGGUUUGGAUCUUGCUCUCAUAUGCCAUAUUGGCACAUGUACUGGUGUGCAGAUGGGGGUGCCUUUGACAUUCGUGAGCAUAGGAAACCUCCUGUUGGUUAAUAUGAGGUUUGUCUUGACAUCUUUUUGAAAGUUCUCUUGCCUUUGAUGAAUCAAUGGAUAUUGUGGUUGUUAUAAUUCACAACGUGUAGGCUGUGGCUCUUUAUGCAUCCAGCUAGUCAUCGAGGAAUCAUACCAAUGGAGGUCCAAGAUGGAUCUCACUAGCUGUCUGAGACUCCGAUUGAAGAAUUGAACAUCUGAUUGAUUUGUGGACUCCACAAUAUGACAAUAUCAAUCCGGUAAUGUUGUAGUGGUCCACUUGCACUGUGGGUCCCACAAGUCCAAUCUGUUGGGUCAUUUAAUGGAAAUGAUUGGACUGUGGGACCCACAGCCAUCUGAGUGGUUCCUUUGGGGUUUAUACAAAAUCGUAAU